GGGCUCCGGGUUGCGGCGGGGUGGCCCGGGACACUGCGGGGCUGCGGCGUGUGACCGAGGGUGGCGGGGCCUUGUUGCUCUAGACGCGUCUCCCCAGCCUGGGCGCUGAGGGUCGGGCGGCCUCUGCGACAGCGAGAGCUCAGGCUUGGUGUCCCGAGCAGGGGUCUCCCUGGCCCUUGAGGACUGGCUGAGCGUGGUGGGGAGUCCUCGGAAAGGCGGCUUUUCUCACCGCGGUGGCGGUGCCGUGACACCCUCCCUCCCCCGCAUCGUCACUAGGACGAGAUUUGAGACAGCCCUAGACAACUGACCCCCUGUCUCGGGUGAAUCCAGAUGAGAAGUUGUCUCUUGCCUCCCCUCCUCUCGUCAGUGAUCGGAAGACUGGCUCGCUGCUUUGCGGCCCACCAGCGUCCCAUGUGGCCUCAUGGAUGAGCUGGUACAUGACUUAGCCUCAGCCUUGGAGCAGACAUCUGAGCAGAAUAAGCUUGGUGAGCUGUGGGAGGAGAUGGCCCUGAGCCCCAGGCAGCAGAGGCGGCAGCUUCGGAAGCGCAGAGGCCGAAAGCGAAGGUCUGACUUCUCUCACCUGGCUGAGCAUGCCUGCUGCUUCAGCGAAGCCUCAGAGUCAAGUCUGGAUGAGGCCACCAAGGACUGCCGAGAAGUGGCUCCGCUAACCAAUUUCAGUGACUCUGAUGACACAAUGGUGACCAAACGGCACCCAGCUCUCAGUGCCAUCAUUAGGAGUAAGCAACAUUCUUGGCAUGAAUCUGACUCCUUCACGGAAAAUGCACCUUGCCGACCGCUCAGGCGCCGCCGGAAGGUGAAGAGAGUGACGUCAGAGGUGGCUGCCAGCCUUCAGCAGAAGCUGAAAGUGUCCGACUGGAGCUAUGAGAGAGGCUGCAGGUUCAAGUCUGCCAAGAAGCAGCGUUUGUCCCGCUGGAAGGAGAACACGCCCUGGACCUCCUCAGGCAAUGGGCUGUGUGAAGCAGCAGAAAAUAGGACUUUCCUAAGCAAAACAGGAAGGAAGGAAAGGAUGGAGUGUGAAGCCGAGGAACAGAAGCAGGGCUCUGAUGAGAACAUGUCAGAAUGCGAAACUAGCAGUGUGUGCAGCAGCAGUGAUGCGGGGCUCUUCACCAAUGACGAAGGACGGCAAGGGGACGAUGAGCAAAGUGAUUGGUUUUAUGAAGGAGAAUGUGUCCCCGGAUUCACUGUCCAUAACCUUCUACCCAAGUGGGCUCCUGAUCACUGCACUGAAGCAGAAAGAAUGGACUCCGGACUGGAUAAACUGUCAGAUCCCACAUUCCUUUUACCUUCCCGGCCAGCUCAAAGAGGAUACCAUGCUCGUCUGAAUCGGUUGCCAGGAGCUGCAGCUCGGUGCCUUAGGAAGGGGCGGAGAAGGCUGGCUGGGAAGGAAACCAGCAUAAGCAGUCUAGGAACCGAGAGGAUAAGCCAUAUCAUCAGUGACCCCCGGCAGAAAGAUUUCUGCUUACCAUCAGCUGGGAAAAGAGAACGAAAGCAGUGUGUCCUGGGAUGUGCUGUGCAGUUGUCCUUGAAAAGUUUAAUCCUCUCUCUCCUCUUUACUCCCUGGAUGUUCUUGCUGAUGCUUCUCAUCGAAGGUGUUCCCCUGCACACUGCUCUGCCAGGCAGGCAAAGGUACACUGGGGACCACCGUGUUCACGUGACAUUAAGAGGAAACGGAAACCUGUGGCCUCAGCAUCUUUAUCUAGCUCUAGUACAGUGCACCCAGAUGUGCUGGAGCCAGCCACCCCAUCCCAGAAGCCUCCCCACUCCACGUGGUUGGACAGGACCGCUGCAGCAGAGAAAGCCACUGCCUCCGCUCCUGCCACGUUUUUCAAAAUGCCACAUGAAAAGAGCUCUGGAUGCAGCUAGAGCCCAGUAGCUGAUGAGUGUUGGAACUGCAUUGUACAGUCUUGGUGUCCUAAUUGGCAUUCCUGGUCCUCGUACCACCAGGACCACCUCCUCUUCACAUCAGCAGCAGCUCUUUCUUAUGGAAAACAAAUGAUAUUUGGGGAAUCUUUUUUUGUCAAGUAUCAGGGCAGCAGUUUUCUUUAAAGGGGUGAGGCAUCUUCUGCUGUAUUCCUUACUUUGUUGUUAGCCCACUGUUUACCUCCAGCUGCCUUCCUAGAGCUGUUGCUCCUUGGCAGCUGUGUCUUUAUUCCUGGAAAACUAGUAACAGCUUUUGCGUACCUUCUGUGUAGAGCUUUUAAUAUCACUGAUGAAGUCCCAAAUUCACAGCCAAUUCCAAACACAUUCCUGGGUGGAAUUGUGUCUAUGCAGUACGGCUUGCCAUUGAGCCUUUAUUCACUCAGUGCCAGUAAGAUACACCAAACAAGUUCUCAGUUUGGGGCCUCAGAAGAGACACCAGCAGGAUGGGUUGGGACUUCCAGUUGGCCUGCACUUCGACUGAGGGGGAAUCACUAGCAGCUGCAUUGUACUUGACCUUAUCCUCAUGGUCUGUGUUCUGCUGACAGGGCAUGUCUAAGCAUGUAGGUUGGUGCACUCAAAUGCGGGUGGUGGUUUAAGUGCACAGCAAAAUAGUCAGUGGAUAAUGUUUGGUUAGCAUUUCUGAUCCUGGUCUAAGGCUUGUAUCCUGAAUGGGACUUCACUGUUAGUGUUUUAUAGGUCAGUAGCCAGUGAUGAACAGGAACUCAUGCUCUGUUAUCUGUUACAGUAAUGGCUGCUUGAGGCCAUGCUUUGGGAAGGAAAAAUGUCUUUUUGACAUGCCUCUAUGUGGCGUGUUUAUGACUGCUCAGCUGCAUGUAGAGUUGUAUAUACGGUUGAGCCUGAAGUCUGGAUGCUACUUUGUCAAAGUGAGGAAUAUGUGACUGCCUGGAGCUGCUGGGGAAAGCCACAUUUCCCAAAAGUAUUAUCAAGAGCACCUGUCAUUCAGAGGCCUGCUUGACAGGGUGCUCUUACUUUGUGUCAACCGAGUGCUUUUACUCUGAAAUACACAGGAGCUCUUUGCAGAAUGCUCACUGCUCUGGUCGAAUGGGACAGAACACCUCUCCCUUAGACAGGUGCCAAGUAGUCUAGUGCCUCCUUUUCCCAAAGUGUAAUUGUCCCUCCCACACAGUGUGAUUAAUGUGGGGUGGGCAGAGUGUGAGUCUGUUUGGAAAGGGGAACAUGAAGCUGGGUUUUGUAGAUUCUGUGGAAGGCUGAGAACGUGUGAGCUGACCAUGAGAGAGUGGUAGAGGGAGGUACAGAUAGAGACCAAGUAAUGGGAGGGCAACACCAAGGCCCCCAGCCCCCCAGUCCCUCAGUCCCCCAGUCACCCUGGUUCUUAUAAGGACCAACUGUCCUGUAGGGAGUCACAGCUGCCUCCACAGACAAUAGGGAAUGUGGCACUGUUGAAUGGCUCGGUGAUGGAAGUAGGCUGUGUCUUGCAUUCUCACCUAGAUCCUGCAGUGACCUAUGGAACACAUAACAGUCUGGGUGGAGUUAAGGGAGAGCCUGACUGAUGAUACUUAAAAUGUUUCCAAACUGGUUCAUAAAGACGCUGAUCCUGAUGACGGCUUGAGAGACCUCACAGUUAGGUGCAAAGGUAUUCUUGUAGCUCUCCUUUGUGGUAUAUUGCUAGGUUGUCCUCUUUCUACCUGGGAUUUCAAGUAGUUUAUAUAUACAUAUUUAUUACACUUUAAAUAUCUCUGAAGCCAUGUCAAUGUUCAGAGGUGAAGGCAGACUUGCAUAUGUACUCAGGCACAUGAGUCAGCCUAAACUAUAGACUUUCAAGCUAUUCUGCCAUGGGUUAUAUAAUCUGUUGUUUCUCGUUGGUAUCCCUAGUCAAUCUGAGACCAAUGUGUAUGAAGCUUUUUCAUGGAUGUUUAUCAUCUUUCUUGGUCAUCCAUUUUUACACAUUUCUGAACACUUUGGACAGGGAUCACCCAAAACUGUAGUACCUUCUUAUAAUGAAUGGGAAUAAAGUUACUCACCUGAGAAAAUACAGUAUUAAGUGCACAAAUACUUUCUAAUACAGGGUUGUAAAUUUAUGCUCAUUUUAGGGUAUAAAUGCAUGCUUAGGGCAGUCACUUAUUCUGCUAUUUCUGUGGCAACCAGCUUCAGGGGCUAACUUUAGUAUCAGCUGUAUUUUAAACCUUACAUUUAAAAUUUUUUUAUGACACAGUGGAUAAUGUUAUAAAUUAAGAUCUGCUUUUCAAGGAGAGAUGAGGUUUUGUUGUCAGUGUUGAAGAUGACCAGACAGAUCUUAAAGAUGACCAUUGAUUGCACGCAUGCAUUGGAUACCAGGAGUUAAUGAAGCCAAGUUCCACAGUUCUGACUUCAAGGUUCUGAUAAUAUCUCUAUGGACUACAGAUGUUUCUCUUAAUUUCACUGUUGUAUUUUUUUCUGUAAUGAACAAAAAUCACAUUACCUACUUGCAUGACAUCCAUUCACAGGUUGUUAACUUUGCUGAGGAGUUUGAGGUUAUGUUUCAGGUGCAGCAUUUAAAGGAGUAGCUCUUGGGUCAGAACUGAUGAGAAGAAGAAUUUCUAAAGAAUUUCUAAAUUCUUUAGAAAUCAGUUGCAAUGAGAGAUUUUAGAUGACGUUGACUCUUAAACAAGGCAGUUGUCACAGCAGAUGACCCAAAGUAAAUAAAGCAUCUCAAUCUGUGGUGCUUAUGAAUGAGAUUUUUUUUUAAGUAAAGUUCAAUGUAUAUAGUGAGUAAUUUAAUUAUCAGUCCUAAAAAGGUUGAUUAAGCUUUGCAUUUGGGGACGGAAGACACUAAGCAUAUCCGUCCAUCUAGAUCUAUCAUCUGUGUAUCUUCUAUCAUAUCUAUCAUUUAUCAGUCUAUCAUCUAUUUAUGUGUGCAUACCUGCCCACCUAUCUACAAUUUCCUUCCGUGGUCUAGGAAGUUCUGUGUUAACCUAAGUUAACACAGAAGCCACUGAGAACGUUAGGUACUAGGAAGAGCUCCCAGGCCACCAUGAUCAUGUCUGGUGCAGUUGAUUCUUCGGCUCUAGGUAAAGUGUUAUGGGAUGCAUGGUUCAUUUAAGGUCUUUGCUCUAUUUUGCCUGUGGUUCUGAGCAAUGUGUUUUUAUCUCUCCCCUUCCUGGGCAAAGUGCCUUGGAUACACCUCAACAGCAGAAGCUGUUUCAGUGUCUUAGGAACUUUGUUUGAACUGAGAGCAGACUGGCUGGCUCUAGCAGACAUGGCUGUUGUCUUGUUAGGGGCAUAGCUUAGACAAUGGGGAAGUGGAAGCAUUUCACCCUUGUUGGCCUCUCCCCUUGCUAAAGCUAGUUUUGCUUUUAUCACUAUGUCCUAUUUCCCCUUGCUGUGGUUAGGAGAGUUAACAGCUUCUAGCAACAGUAAGGAUGUUUCCCUACCCCAUCAGAAAGAGAAGCAAAGCCAUGGAGCAAAACUGGUCAUUUCUACUACAGGCACUGAACACAAAUGGCUAGGGUGUUCACUCCUGUGUUAUGAUCUCAAAAAUAGAAAGGCCCAUGCCUGGAAAAAGCAGUGUGGGAAAAAAAGGAACAAUAACACUAAAGAGUGUGGACUGUAAGGUUUUUAAGGUAGUGAUCAAAUUUGGGCAGAAUAAUAUAUUCCUGGAAGUGGAGAGACCUCUUGGUAAAUAGGCAGCUUUGGAACGACAGUUUUCCAGUAUGGUAUGAGGAAGAGGCUGAUGCUGAAGAUACAAAGGGGAGUAUCUUAGGCAGAGGGAAGGGAAGGGGUGCUCUAAGCAGAGCCUUAGGCUGGUCCUUAGACUGGCAGUGAGGAGAUACUGAAGAUUCUCACAGUGUGGAGUAGUCUCUGGCAAAGGGAAAGGGGUUGCUCAGAGCAGUUCUUAGACUAGCAACAGCUGACCUAUGGGUCAGUUCCUGAGGAUGAGGUCCAGCAAGCCUAACACACCCUACAGGGGAGCCCAGCACAGACUUAAGCCUUGCCAGUAAAGGAGACUGUCUCCUUGGCAAAGACAGAUUUUGUGUAUGAUUUCUUGCAUAAACUCUUAAAAAAUGGCUUUGUUCCCCAUGGUUUUCCCUCCCAAAUGCCUGGGAAAGGGUAAAACUGUCCUCAUGGCUGAGUAGAGGAUGAAAGUGACUUGACAUAGUUCAAAUAUAACAAGAAUGACAGUCACUUUUCACAAUUAUCAGUAUAAAAUGUUAUAUAAAAUAUAUCCUGUGAGUUUUAGGAGAGCCAGGGCUACACAGAAAAACCAUCUCAAACAAACAAACAAACAAACAAAAAAACCCAAAAAAAAGUUAUGGUGUUCCAUAGCAGUGAUCCCAGAAUCACAAGGCAGAGACAGGAGGAUACUAGGCUGACCUGAGCUACAUACCAAGAUUUUGUCUUUAACAAUUCGAAACACUUCCUAAAGUUUUUUUUUAGACUUAAUUACAAACUGAUACCACCCCCCAGAAUCAUGGUAACAGUUCCUACUGCCCAGUAUCUCUGCCAGUGCCCCUUCUGUUAGCAGUUUUUGCAGAGCAGCCAUUCCAAACCCUAUUAACCUCAGCCUCUCAGCAACUAGUCUUACCCUCCUACCCCGACUUAGCCGAGAGUCUUCCUCCCUCCCAAUCACACUUGCUCUUGAGAGUACCUGUCUUGCCAAGGUUUGUUGCCCUUAGCCCUCAUGAUUUGUGCAUUGUUCAGGCUAGCUAUAUACAGCCUCUUGUCAUAGACAUUUUUGCAUUUUAAUAUGUUCAGAACCCCCCCCCAAAAAAAAAAAAAACAAAAUACACUUUCUUAACCCUGGAUCCCUACUGACCACGGAAGUACACCCCCUCCUCUAUCUUUGAAUUCUGUUUUUCAUUGAAGUGGGGGUUUUUAACCCUGGGGGCGUUUGGAUCAACUAGGAACUUUAAAAGAGAUAUGGUUCAGCAGGUAAAAGGCAUUUUGUCACCAAGCCUGAUGACUUUGAGUUCUGUCCCUGGGACUCAAAUGGUAAAAGAGAAUCAGCCCUAGCAAUGUGUCUGUCCUCUGUCCUAUACAGAUACGCCAUGGCACAUAUGUGCAGAAUACGGUUUUCUGUUAAUUAAAGGCAAAACAGUUUUCAAGAGAACUUAAGGGCAAACCCAUCCUGUAUUUACUGUCUUAUGCCUAUGCAUAAUUGGGAUUACAUAUGAUUAAAACCAGAUGGAUUAUAGGAAGGGACACACGUGGUAAAUGAUUAUGUGACCUAAUCAAUCAAAGCACUGCUGCCAGGAAGAUGUUUUCUCUGCCAUUGUAUCUUGUAACUAGGAAUUCUAUAUAUAAAAGGUAUUGAUUUUUGUAUGCUAAUUUUAUUUUCUGCUACUGACUUGUUCUACUUGUGGGAGUUAAUUUUACCAUUAAUCCACUGGAGUAAAAAGAAAACCUUC